AUGGCGAGACCCACGAACUGCGAUCUGGUCCUCGAGCUCCAGAACGUGUCCCUGGACACCCUCUUCCUCAUCGUCCUCCAGGCCGUCGUCGUCAUCGCCCUCGGCAAGUUCAUCCACCUCUCCCUCCGCCGCCACAACCAGCCCAGCGCCAUCUCUCAGAUCCUUGCGGGGAUCAUGGUGGGGAGCCUGGGGCUGCACGAGGUGAUCGUGCACGUGGCCGUGGUGAACGUGGAGGACACGUACGGGUGGUACGUCUCCCAGGCGCGCAUCUUCUACAUGUUCUACGUCGGCCUCGACGCCGACCUCGCCUCGCUCUGGAACGACAAGCACCGCUGCACCAUCGCCACCUACGCCAGCGUCGCCACCUGCCUGCUCCUCGCCGCCUUCGUCUCCGGGGGCCUGUACGGCAGCAUGAUGCACACCCCCGUCCGCUCGCCCGAGCUGCUCGCCGCCGUGCUCAUGCUCACGCUCGCCAACACCUCCUCCGUCGACGUCUCCCGGAUGGCCGCCGAGCUCGGCCUCACCGCCACCGCCACCGGCCGCCUCGUCGUCGGCGCCGCCAUCGCCACCAACGUCAUCUGCAUCGUCGGGGAGGGCGUCUUCUCCUGCAUGAAGCUGGCGUCCGGAAGGACCCCAGGGUACAGCGCGUCCCAGCGGCUCGGGCUCGGCGUGCUGGCGCUCUUCAAGGUCGGCCUCGCGCUCGCGCUGCUCCGGCCAGCCGUGGAGUUCAUGAACCGGCGCAACGCGGGGCGGCACCGCAUCGGGAACUGGGAGCUGGCGCUCAUCCUCAUCGCCGUAUCCUACAUCGGCGACUUCCCGCGCCGCGUCGGCUUCGACGGCAUGCCGGCGAGCCUCGUGCUGGGGCUGGCGUUCCCCAGGGAGGGCCCCGUGGCGAGGACCGUCACGCACGCGCUUGCGUACCCGCUGCACGCGCUGGCCCUGCCCUUCUAUUUCGGGACCAUGGGGAUGCGGCUCAACUUCAGCGCCAUGUCCGGCGCCGUCGUCGUGCCCGCCGUCCUCCUCACCAUCCUCGGUCUCGUCGGCAAGUGCGCAGGCACCAUGGGCGCUGCCAGGUUCCUCCACAUGCCGCUCGGGGACGCCGCGCGCCUCGGCGUCAUCCUUAACAUCAAGGGCCACGUCAACAUGAUCGACAUGAGCUUCGCCAGCUCCGAGGGGAUUUGGGCGGAGCAGGCGCUCAUGGCCAUGGUGAUGGGCAGCAUGAUCAGCACCGUCAUCGCGGGGCCGGUGUUCGCCGUUGUGUACCGCAGGGAGAGGGAGGCGUAUCUGAGCAACGGCCACAGGACGCUGGAGCGGCUGGUCCCGGACCAGGAGGAGGAGCUGCGGAUGCUCGCCUGCGUGCACGGAGCACGCGCCACGCCGGCGAUGCUCAGCCUCGUCGAGCUGCUGGCGAGCAAGCCCGCCGUGCAGCCCGCUGUGCAUGUCCUGCACUUCUACGACGCCGUGAGCAAGCACGCACGCGCGGGCACCGGCGGCGCCAAACGCUACCACGAGCGGGUCCAGAUCGACAGCGACAAGCACUGGGACCGCAUGAACGACGCCGCCACGCAGGUGAACUGGACCGUCGACCUGUUCGCCUCCAUCACCGGCCUCGUCAUCCGGCAGAUCGACAAAGGCGACCGCGGCCCCGUCACGAACCUGAAGACCAUCCGCCGCUGCGCGGAGGAGGUCCACGCCGACGUCCUAAUCGUGCCCUACCACAAGGAGCAGCACUACUACGGCAAGAUGUCCUGCCGGUCGGAGGAUCGCCGCCAGCUCAACCUGAACGUGCUCGAGCGCGCGCCGUGCACCACCGGCAUCCUCGUCGACCGCCCGUUCCGGAGAGGCGGCACCAGCUUCCAGCUACCGACGAAGAUAUCCACGAGCGAGGAGACGCUGGGCAACUGGCGGGAAGACCGGGCCACCGCGCCGACGCACGUGGCGGCUGUCUUCCUCGGCGGGCCGGACGACCGCGAGGCCGUGGCCCUCGCCUGCCGCCUCGCCAAGAAUGAGACGGUCCACCUGACCGUCAUCCGCUUCGUGGGGCCCGGCAAGCACGGACACGCCGGCGUCCAGACGGCACGCGCCGACGAUCACGCCGACGGGGAGGUGUCCGUCGUGGUGGACGAUCCCGACGAGUGCUGCAUGGCGGCGCUCCAACGCGAGUACGUGGCGAAGGAGCUCGCGUCGUACGUUGAGAAGGUGGUGGGCGGCGCGGCGGACGUGGUGGAGGCCCUGCGCAGGAUGGCCGGGGCGUACGCGCUGGUCGUGGUGGGGCGCGGCGGAAGGCAGCCGGCGGAGCUGCUGGGCGGGCUAGAGUGCGGGGAGAUGGGCCCAAUCGGGGAUAUCCUCGCGUCGGACGAGUCGCUGGAGAUGGGCUCCGUGAUCGUCCUGCAGCAGAAGAAGGCCGUGUCGACGGCGUUCGGCCUCGACCCACCACCAGCGGGAACGGCGGGGGUCUGA